AUGGACGGUCCGGAGGACAAAUUGGAGGACUGCGUCAGGUACCUAAAUCGUGAAGAUUCCGUAUUGGAACGGAAUGCUGCACAUGUCGCCACAGAGUUCCUCAAUAACAAAGGACAACCUCUAAAGUUGGUAGAAUUCCUUUGCGAUAAUUACUCCGGCGUCCCCGAACAACUCCGUUUCUGUCAAGAAGUCCUGGACGAGUUUGGAAGCACUGAAACGGAGACGUUCAUUCAAGAUGCACUAAAGGAUAUGGUUCUCGCCAAUUAUGAUACAAACGCUAUUACUACCUGCAUGGCAAAGUCUCCGCAGGCACUGGAUGAAGUGGCAAAUCUAAUAAACAAUGCAUAUUGGCGUAGUGUCAUAUAUCAAUUAUCUGAGAAAUAUCCUGGUGAUGCUUUUCUCAAUAGUUUAAUUCUGAGAAUAGCAGAAAGCGGGUACACUGAUGAAAUCAAGCACCUACGAGCAGCAACGUCCAACCUUCGCGUUUUCUCUGAUGUUUUAAUAGACCAAAUAUUCACUCUAAUCGACAAGGACGGUGAAAGUUUCGAGCAAGCUUUACGAAAUUUUGCUCCGACCGUGGCUGUUGAACCGCACACAUAUUUCCUGACUCAAACAAACAUUAAGUUGUUGUCGGAUACGCCCGGAGGCUAUGCAUUUCGUGUGGUUUCAAAAGAGCUAGAAAAUGCCGCGAAUAGUCAUAUAAGUCCUGAUUUAGUAAGAAAUAUUAGGAAUUUACUGAUGGACACUCCCGUGACGGUUGUUAACGCUCUGCGGAGCACUCAACCUCAACCAGGCGAAGUUGCUUCAUUAUGGAAAGCAUGUAAAGAAGCAAAACCGCUUAAUCCAAUAUUUUUACGGGAUCCAGAUUUACUGGAUUAUUUGCUCAAAAACACCUUUGUGCCCACUGCCAACCAGGAGAAGAGGCCCGAGUUGAAAGCAAAAUAUAUGUAUGUGCUUGCAUAUGCUGCGUCUGCUUUCAAAAAGCAGGAUGGUGAGAUUGAUAUAUCGAAAGUUGAAGAGACUUUUGAAGUAAUCAAGAGUCUUCAGGAAAUAGUCUCGCGCAAGAAUGCGACUGGAACAGAGUUGGAUAAUGUCCUUAACGAUAUAUGGAUGAAUAACCAGAAAUUCAUCGAUACGCCUAUGGCUUCAAUGGCACUAAUACAUUGGAUUAGAUAUUUGCUGCGGGAGACUUCUUUUUACGAAAAACAUUAUAAGCAGAACGUGGUACCAGUACCGCACUAUUUGCUAGAAGAGAUUGCCGAGCGACAGGAAUUCCAACGGCGACAUGUGUUCACCGUGUACGUUGAAUUAUUUGAAGGAUCGUUGACGCUGACGCGUGACGCCAUUUCUGCUCUCCGGACAGAGUUAAUGGAUCGUAUGCUCUACUUGGUAAAAUUGAAAUUUGCCAUACCCGUUCUACGGUAUGUAGAAGAGAACGCAAAACAAAUAAAGGAAAAACUUUCCCUCUAUUUCGUAGAAAAGACAUUGGAAAUGAUCAAACCACCAUAUAGCGUUCAAUUCUACGAAAUCAUGAUAAGAAUAGUUCAGCCUUUGGCUAAACAGCUAGACAGUCAGCAAAAGUCAAGAAGCUUGAUCAAACAGUUUUUGAAUGACUGUCCAGAGGGCUUGACAACAAAAGAAGGCGUAGAAGCAAUGAGAGCGGAAGUUGAUGAAAUGGAUGAGGAUUAG